AUGUUUGAUUUUGGAGCGAUUACAAAUGAUCCAAUUACUAUAGUUUAUUGGGCAUCACUGAACAAUCGGAUAUGUGUGCGGUAUAGAGGCCGUAAAAAUGUUACAAAAACUCGUUCGACAGGUUUUCAAGGGGAUGUAGAGGCAGCAAGGGCUCAAGCCCCUGCAGAUAUGGACUUGCAACAGGAUUUGAAUAGACUUGAAGCAUUUCAUUGUGGACAUGUGAUUAAAAAAGGGGAAUUUGUUGAUCAUUUGGUUGAAGACCAAUAUAAUGCCUUAGUAGUAGAGGUUUCUCAACAAACUCAUCACAUAGCCAACUCCGGUGGUGAUCCAGACACCAUUGAUUGGGUCACAAUAUUUGAGAAGGUGUUAGGUACUCGAAGGGGGCAUGUGAGAGGCAUUGACCCUAAACCUUCUUCAGUAGUGGGUACAAGUGCCUAA